UCAUGAAUAUAGCCUUAAAUGUGUAAGUGAUUACCUGUUCACCAUUAACUGUUCCCUGAGCAUCCUGCCAGAGGUUGCUCAUACAGACCAGUCCUCUUACUGGCUGCGCAUUGAGGACCUCUCUUUCGGGACGGUAUUUGAUGGUGGGAAGCUGAAGAAAACCCAUGGCUAUUACUCCUGUUCAUUGGACACUUCCCAUCCAGAUUCUGCUGUUGAUCCAGAUCCUGAUGAGGAGCCCGAUUUUUUUUUUGACACUUCAAGAUUUAAGAUCACUCUCUAUCACAACAGAAGCAAUGGACAUGUAAGCGCCACCUUGCUGGAUAAGGAAUACAUGCCAGUGAAGCAUAUCAAACCCAAUGCACCAUUCAAUCUCACCGUCAGCCGGAUGUCAAGUCAACACCGUGUUACCUGGAUGAGUAGCUAUGAGAAAUAUCUACAAUUUGGCAAUCUUCUGUCUGACAACCUGAAGUACCAACUCUGGUUCUACAGAAGUGGCCACCAAGCCAACGUUAUCGAAGUUCCACACUCAACUAAUAUCUCAGUGAACAAUGAAAAUUUUGAGCCAGACACAGAGUACACUGUAAACGUGAGGUCCAUCCCCAACCAACAACAGUAUCAAGGCCAGUGGAGUGAAUGGGCAACGGAGGUUCGUUGGAGGACUGAUCCCACACAAAAAGUCGGAGAAUUUCCAACAAACACAUUUACUGUCAUCUUAUGUGUGCUGGUUCCAGUACUGCUAAUUCUGUGCUACAUUCCAAUUGUAAGGUUGAAUAAAUCCAUCUUCAUCCCAACUCCAGCACCAUACUUCCAGUCCCUUUACACUGACUGUGAGGGGGACUUCAGGAGCUGGGUUGUGACCCCAGGCUCUGGGGCAGACUUAUUCAAGACAGAGGAAACCUUGCAAAUCGACACCCUGACUGAGACCAUACCGGUCCGGGAUAAUGACCACUCCUCACUGGUGCCCCAUCACAUGAUCCAGGAGGGCCCCAGCAACAACCUGUCUAACCCAGCGUCUGAUGCGCUUUUCCUGGGCAUUGCUUAUGCUGUAUCUCUGGGGUCACCACUCCCGGCACCCAGAGGCCCACUGAAGAGUGUGUCUCUGAGUGAGCCAGAGAGCACCAUCGAAGCAGACUCGGGGUGUUGGCUGCACAGCACCACAUCUCUGGAGCGGGAGAGUGCCUGGUACAGCAACGUGAACAGCAGCAGUGACUACUGCACCCUAUCAGACACUGGGAAUUGUCAGGAUGUUACCCCUAGAGUCUAUUGACGCACCGGUGCGUCAAUCUAAGCAACAUAAUACAAAAUCCUCAUCCAAAUCAGUCAGUUUAAGUUAGAGAUAUGUUUUUUAUAUGGGCUGCGUCUCAAUCCGCCAGAUCCGCCCAUGUCUCCCUUCCACAUCUGCGGUGGAAAUUGGCAGAGCUACAGCGCUGUUAGUCAGACCAGGAGACAUCCCGAAAAUUGGUGACGAAAACAUUGUCUAAAGGUAACCCACACAAAUGAAUGGAAAUAUGAAGGUAGUUUUGUGCCAACAAAAUUAAGGGGUUAAAUAUGUGUAAAAAAACAACAACAUAUAUUAUAUAUAAUGAACAAAAUUAUAAAUGCAACAUAUAAAGUGUUGAUCCGAUGUUUCAUGAGCUGAAAUAAAGGAUCCCAGACAUUUUCCAUACGCACAAAAAGCUUAUUUCUCUCAAAUUUUGUGCACAAAUUUGUUUACAUCCCUGCUAGUGAGCAUUUCUCCUUUGCCAAGAUAAUCCACCUACCUGACAGGUGUGGCAUAUCAAGAAGCUGAUUAAACAGCAUGAUCAUUACACCUUGUGCUUGGGACAAUAAAAGGCCACUCUAACAUCUGCUGUUUUGUCACACAACACAAUUGUUUUGCCACAGAUGCCUCAAGUUUUGAGGGAGCAUGCAAUUGGCAUGCUGGCUGUAGGAAUGUCCACCAGAGCUGUUGCUAGAGAAUUGAAUGUUCAUUUCUCUACCAUAAGCUGCCUCCAAUGUCAUUUUAGAGAAUAUAAUAAAUUAAUAAAUUUAGAAUUUGGCAGCAUGUCCAACCAGCGUUACAAGCACAGACCACGUGUAACCAUGCCAGCUCAGGACCUCCACAUCUGGCUUCUUGACCUGUGGGAUUGUCUGUGACCAGCCACCCAGACAGUUGAUGAAGAGGAGAAUUUCUAUCUUGUUAGGAAAAACUCAUUCUGAUUAGCUGGGCCUGGCUCCCCAGUGGGUGGGCCUGGCUCCCUAGCUGGUGGGCUUAUGCCUUCCCAGGCCCACCCAUGGCUGUGCCCCUGCCCAGUCAUGUGAAAUCCAUAGAUUAGGGCCUAAUUAAUAUAUUUCAAAAGACUCAUUUCCUUCCUCAGUAAAAUCAUUGAAAUUGUUGCAUGUUGUGUUUAUAUUUUUGUUCAGUAUAUAUAUGUAUUUCCUAAGCUUUCUUAUAUCUCCUAGAUAUAGGACAGACACUUCAAAACCCUAUUCCUUAUGAUACCUUUUUUGACUGUCUUUUUAUCCAUUUAUGAAUGUUAUUUGAUGUGUUUCUAUGGGCUGUCGUAGUAAAGGCCAAAUUCAAUAUUUUAACAAAUACAUAAAAAAAGAUAGGACCCUAAAGGGGUCCUAAAAUUCUAAUUCAAAUGGCUAAAUGAUCCAUGGUAUGACCUCACCCCAACAGCACUUUUUUUUGCCCCAGCACGACACAGCUGAUUCAAAUAAUCAAAGCUUCAUGAUGGGACCGAGUUUGGGAAAACCCUGGUCAAGACACUUCUCUAAUUCAAUCAAUGAUGUAUAUAAACCCUGGAUUGCUGAUGCCAUGUAUUGGUCAUUGAGAGGCUUUGAAGCCACCGGUCGGCCAUAUUGCCACUCCCUAAAAAGAGCAGUCCUCCAUAGGAAUUAAUGGAAUUCUACAGUAUUUCAAUUAAAUGUUUCAAGGAAAAUGUUUUAUAUUUUGUUGUAGUGGGGACAGUAACAUCUAAAUAUAUAUAUAUAUAUAUAUAUAUAUACAUACAUACACUGCUCAACAAAAUAAAGGGAACACUAAAAU